UACAACAAACAUGUUCUCAAAAGUCCUGGCAAUUAGCGCCGUGUUGGCGGUGUCUUCGGCUGGUCUGCUGCCAGCGGCCCACUACUCCCCUGCUGCAGCGGUCUCCUCCCAGAGCAUCGUGCGCCACGAGCAGCCCCUUGCUGUAGCCGCCCCCGUCGCCUACCACGCCGCUCCCGUCGCCUACCAAGCCGCCCCAGUUGCCUACGCCGCUCCCGCCCGCUACUCGUCCGCCGCGGCUGUCUCCUCACAGAACAUCAUCAGACACCAACAAUCCAUCGCUGUCGCCGCUCCCGUCGCCUCCGUCACCUACUCCUCCCCCGCCCGCUACUCCUCUGGCCCCGCCCUCUCUUCUCAGAACAUUGUCCGUCACGGCGUAGUUGCCCCCGUCCAAUACGCACAAUACGCAGCUCCCGUCGCCUCCGUAGCCUACUCCUCCCCCGCCCGCUACUCCUCUGGUGCCGCCCUAUCUUCUCAGAACAUUGUCCGUCACGGCGUAGUUGCCCCCGUCCAAUACGCACAAUACGCAGCUCCCGCUCGCGUCGCCGUCGCCCACGCCGCUCCCCUCGUCCACGCCGCUCCCGCUCAUGUCGCCGUCGAGGAAUACGAUGUGCACCCCAGGUACGACUUCGCGUACUCCGUAGCCGACGGCCACACCGGUGACAACAAGUCCCAGCACGAGAGCCGCGACGGUGACGUCGUGCACGGCGAGUACUCGCUGCUCGAGGCUGACGGCUCAGUGCGCCGCGUGCAGUACACCGCUGACCCACACAACGGCUUCAACGCUGUGGUCUCCAACUCCGCGCCCGCCCACUCCGCACAUGCCAUCGUCGCUCCCUCCCAGAGUAUUGUGCGCCACGAGCAGCCCCUUGCUGUAGCCGCCCCCGUCGCCUACCACGCCGCUCCCGUCACCUACCAAGCCGCCCCAGUCUCCUACGCCGCUCCCGUCCGCUACUCGUCCGCCGCAGCUGUCUCCUCACAGAACAUCAUCAGACACCAGCCAUCCAUCGCUGUCGCCGCUCCCGUCGCCUCCGUAGCCUACUCCUCCCCCGCCCGCUACUCCUCUGCUCCCGCUCGCGUCGCCGUCGCUCACGCCGCUCCGCUCGUCCACGCCGCUCCCGCUCAUGUCGCCGUCGAGGAAUACGAUGCGCACCCCAGGUACGACUUCGCGUACUCCGUAGCCGACGGCCACACCGGCGACAACAAGUCCCAGCACGAGAGCCGCGACGGUGACGUCGUACAUGGCGAGUACUCGCUGCUCGAGGCUGACGGCUCAGUGCGCCGCGUGGAGUACACCGCUGACCCACACAACGGCUUCAACGCUGUGGUCUCCAACUCCGCGCCCGCCCACGCCACUCCCGUCGCUCAUGCUCCCAUCCUCGCUCAUCACUAAGUUAUUAUAUAAUUAAUAAUUAUUGUUUAAAUUUACUUUAUGUGUUCAUGAUGCAUGUGACUAUUUAUUAAUAGUAAUGACAAUGUAAUAAAAUAAGAAUUAACUUUAGCAAAGGCAUAUUUUUAAUCCCAUCCAAAAAUAUUAUUUAACUUAUUAUUAUCAACCGAUUAGUUACUCAGCAUUGAAGCGUAUGGAAAGCCUGCAAUAAUAUCAAACUUUUAUCGAACAUGUAACACAUAUCAAAGUGAGUUUUAUAAUAAUAACUUAUUUGAUGAACAUGGGCUCAUUGUAAAUG